CGUUUUUCUCAAGCGGAUAAAGCGUCAUGUUUCAGUUAUCAGCCGGUGUAUUCACUUCCUGCAGUAGAUUAAGAUCUAGUUAAAUAUGGUCUUACAUACAUGCUGUUUUUAAUUUAAGCAUAUAUAUGAAUAUUAAGUUGAAAUGAAUUAUAAAAUGGAUUGAUUUGCAGAAUACUCAUCAUGUCAAGUGAAGGGCAUACGUUCAAUGACUCAGGAGAUGAAAACGUCGGUGAUAUUGAUUCCGAUGCAGAAAAUACAGAACCUCAGUCUAAAGCGAUGAAGAGGUUGGAUAAAUCAGAACAAGGCCUGGGCCAAAUAUCUUCGUCCAAAAAUGGAGCGGGAGAAAACGUUGAGAACGUCGGUGAUAAUGGUCCCGCAGUAGCAACUACAAAAACUCAGCCUAUAGAGAUAAAGUCGGAUAAGCAAGAAAACGACAGUGAACCAAAAUCAGCGUCCCAAGAUGGAGAAGACAAAAGGCACAGAGACAACCAGCCGGAAGGUGAUGUCACCAAAGAUGAGUUGUUCACGGAACAGUCGACUGAUCAAAAAAUCGCUCAGCUUUUAUCAACUAUUGAACUACUGAAAAAAGAAAACAUAGAUCUUAAACAAAGUGUAGAUGCAGCCGAGAAAAAGCUAUCCCAAGAAAUUGAGAUCAUUACAAAUGACAUGAAGAAAGUUAUUGACGAUAAAGUUGAAGCAGUAAGCAAAUCUGCAGAUGCUGAGGAUGUAAUUCGAAUGCAAAAGAUUGAUAUUGAGGAGAUGACUCGAACAAUUUCCUAUUUCGAGGAAAGCAUAAGACAGGCGAAACAACAACCAGGAAAGUUGGACAAGAAAAUUAAAGAGCAGAAGGAAAAUGAGAAAAAACAAAUUAAAGAACUGCACGAUUCACAAUCAAAAAUAAGGAGUCUCGAAUGUAGUAAAAAACAGUUACUGGACGAAGUAACUUCCUUAAAAACGAGCAACAAUGAUUUGGUUAAGACCAAUGACAGCUUAAGACAAAAACUUACCCGGAUAAAUGAUGAAAAAGAUGCAUUACGAAAAAGGCUAAAAAUAUCGGAAGAAGACAGAGUAGGCUUGACCCUCAGGUUAAGCAAAAUAGCCGGAGCUAACCUUGCUUUUCAAAACCCGAACAUAGCAGAUUUAGGUGACCCAAAUCGGCCAACCAAGCUUGCAGAGAUAUUCAGCGAGCUUUAUGACAACCAGUGGACAGAUGCAUUUGAACAAAUAGAUUUAGAGGAUGAUCAGGAAAGAAUUAAACGACUGUUUGAUAUAUUAAAGAAUCUCGAUGGGCAUUGCCUUGAUGUUUGUUGGGAUUAUGACGCUGCUGUGAAAGAUAGCCUAACAAAUCUUACUGUUACGAGUAAAAUCAAAGAACUAAAACCCGAACGAUCAAAAGAAGCUGAAAAUACCGGUUCACCAUCGCAAAACGGUGUCCAAAUACCAUCCGAAAAGGAUACCACUUUACCUUUGGAAGAAGAAUCAGAAGAAGAAAUGACUGGGAAUGUGGGUCUAUGCUACACAUAUAUGUGGCACAAGAAAGAGACUGAGGAUAUAGGAGGCAGAUGCAAAAUGAUAAAAUAUAAAAACGAUAUUGCUGUGAAAUGUAUAAGCCCUAAAUCAAUGACGGGAUCUGAGUGUACAGGACAUGUACCGGCAGAGGGAAACAAUGAGGAAAAAGCAGAAAAAGGAGCAGAAGAAAAUGAAGGAGGAGAAGAAGAAGAAGAAGACGAAGGCAAAGGGGACAAAACAGAAGAAAAAAUUGAAUCAGGUUCUUUUAAACAGGCUGCACCGGACGUUACAAAAGACAAACAGGAGUUGAAAGAUGAUACUGAUUGCAAGAAAGAAGCCAACAGUAAACUAGCUAAUAAAAAUGAUUACUCUGCAGAGUUUAAAUCAAACUUCAAUGCAAAGACGGAAGGAAACGAACGCAAUGGCGACAAAUCUCAACAUGAUGUAGAGCCCAAAAAAGAAAAACAGACAAAAGAGGAUGAACAUAAAGAAAACGUAAUAUACUUGAAGUUUGAUUUCGAUACACUGACCACCAGCCAUAAACAGACCAUAUCUGAAAUCCGAAGAAUCGUGCACGCACAGCUAAAAGAUGAAGUUGUCAAGGCAAUUUCUCAGGCUGUGCUGGAAGAAAUGGAGCUCCCUAGAAAGACAGGGGUCGUCUCCUACGUAGAGGAAUGUGCUAAAAUAUGUUGGCUAGCGCGUUUACAUGAUCCACCGGUACACAUUGAGUUUGAAGAGAUCGACAAUGACUCACCGUUCAACGCUGAAAUGUAUAAGGCAUAUACUAAGACAGGCAAACGGCUGGAUUACGUUGUUUGGCCUCCUGUUUUCCUACAUAAAAAUGGACCCAUGUUGAGCAAAGGUGUUGCACAAGGAAAGUAAUGCUAAGGUCGCUUUUAUUGUGCAUAUGUUAACUAUUUAUAUUGCUGGUCACUGGGCAGUUCUGUUAUUGUUACUUACACAUUGUAUAUGUGUACUACUUAGUGCAUGUGCAUUAUUCUUAUCGAAUUACUACUUUGUUUUAUUUAUUAAAUUAAGUGUUUAAAAAUGUUCAGCGGACUGACUAGUGUAUAAAUAUAAACCAAUAUUUUUCACAUGUGGAAUACAAAUUUCGUUCAUGCAAACAUUCCUCUUUGUUAUUCCAGUCUUAUAGAGGGUAAUUAUUAUAAAAAAACAAAUUCAAUUUAGCUCUUGGUCUAUUUAUAAAUACAAAAGAAGUACACUUCUAUUUGGAAACUGUAUGCAUUACAAACCGCAUGUUGUUAUGUUAUGUUAUUUUAUUGAGAGCGACUAAUAGUGGAUAAUGUAUGUAUAUGGUCUGAGUUAAAUACUCAUCCCUCAUCCCUCACUAAAUAGUAAUAUUUUCUAUCAAAAGAGAAAUAAUGGUAAACCUGUUAUGUGUUAAAAAUACAAUGUUCGAAAAAGAAUUUACACAUUUUUUCCCGGACAUUAUUGCAUUAAAUAUAUUUAUGACAUUAAAUAAAAAUAUUAAACAUAAUUAAAAGUAUGUGUUAAUGUUUGAGACUGGGACUCUAAACGUUAAUAAAUACGGGCCUGGAACGAUCUUACAGACUGUCUGUUUCUCGACUGAUAUUAAAUGCAUACAUCUUUUCUAACAAAAUCGGCAUGUGUCAUGAUAAAUAUAUUGUUGCACGCUGAUAAUGAACUUAGUAAUUGUUCCAUUACAUUGUUGUAAUGACUAUUGUUUUCAUGUUUUUAAGCACAAUAAAGCUCAAAACAUCCGUAGCCUGAGAACAGUACAUUUAAUGUGUUUUUCAAAUGAGCAAAUUGUUAGAAGAAAGACCACUGGUUGUAAGUGUGCAUCUUCUGCGCAAGGAGAACACCUUUAUUUGAUGUGAACUUAAACAUAUAUUCCAAGCAAAAUUGAGAUUUAAUAACUUUAUUAUUAUUAUCUUUACUGUUAACAUAUGUUUAUUAAUUAUCAAGCAAAUCAACAACAUAUUAUAUCUGUAACAUACUUUCACUUACCUUAAAUGUAUGUUUAACAUCAAAAAUAGCCUACUGAUUUCCGUACCAAAGUGUGUGUUGUGUUUUUGUUUUUUAUAAUGUUAAUAUAAACAUAAUAGUAUGCAUGUGUUUUUAUGUCUAACAUUCAUAUCACACAUGUUUGGUGAAUAUGUUUUAUUGUUAUAAUAUACAUAUUGUUGGAUAAUCAGAAUAUAUGCUAUUUAAUACAA